AUGCCUACGUUUUACUGUGCAGCAGGAACAGGUCUUGUUGGGUUGGAGCUUAAACACCUUGGAUACAGAAACAUUGACGCCGUUGAUCUUUCUGACGAUAGUUUGCAAAAAGCCGAACUCAAAGUAUGUUAUAGACAACUAAUAUGUGCCAAAUUGGAUGAGCAUCCGGUUAUGAAAAUGAAGCCAAAUGGGAUUAUCUGUAUUUGCCUCAAUACUAAAUUCAUAUCACAACUCGAGGGACCUGUAUUGGAUCGAUUACUGAAAGACAACAAUUUGGAACAAGUACAGAAAAUAAUAGUUUCCAAUUAUGUUCAAGAAGAAGGUGGAUAUGUGCUGUAUUGGGAUAUUGGCUACCUGUCUAAAGAAUGA